AUGCUCCACCGUUCUCGCCCCUCAAUAAGCCGUGCUGCUUCCAACCCUCAACCACAGCCACAAUUAUCACAGCAACAACAAACCACAAGAGAAACAAGAACAACGCCAGCAUCCACACCAACAAAUAAUACAGACAUGGUCUCCCAUCCGGACAACACCAUUCGCCCCCCACUCCCACUCUUUGCUCCCCGCGCCCCCGCCUCCGUCGCCUCCUCCUCACGCGUCUCCCACUCCCAACGCCACCAUCAUGGCCAUUCCCACUCCCGCUCCGUCCGCUCCCACCACGGCGGCUCGUCCCCGCAACCUCUCAAUCAAUUCCCCAUCUUCGCCGCGACAGGUGAUGUCGAGAUCGUCAUCCGCGCCUCCACCCAGGAAAGGCGCUAUUUACUCCAUCGUCUGAUCCUUGCGCGCUGCUCUGGUUUCUUUGAUGCGGGGACGAGUGAGGAGUGGUCGCGUGUGCAGGCGUUGAGGGAGAUGCUGGAGGGUGAUGAUGGUCAAAGCAAUGUUAAUAGUAAUGAAACUAGGAAUGGGAAUAGGGAGAAUGCUCCUGGGGAGCGUGGGUUGGCCAUUAUCCCUGACGAGGAUAGCGGUGAUGGUGAACUGGUGUCGCAUCACCGUCGUGUGUCAUCUGCACCCACGAAGACGCGGUGGAGGUAUGAAUUGGAUUGGGAGCACAGGGAGGAGGACGAGGUGCCAAUUCUAGUGCAGAGGGCCCCAUCCCAAAGCAACACAAUCUUUGGCGGAAGUUAUCGUCCACCACAACCCCCUCCCGCACGCACAAAACCCCCACCACCACACCAAGGCUUCUUCCGUUCUAUCACAAACCUCACCGGCAUCCAAUCCGCCCUCCACCUCCCAAGCACCGCCACCACUUCGUCAACCCUAGCAACCAAAUCAGCUCUCGAUGAACAACCCCUGGACUCCACGAUCCGCGACUACGACAACCUCUUCCGCGUCUUCUACAACUACCCUCCCCAACUAAACUCCAUAAACAUUGCCUCCGCCUAUUCUGAAUGUAAGUCCCUCCUAAACCUCGCAGACAUGUACGAUGCGCUCGCCGUUGUUGGUCCCCGCGUCGACCACCACCUCCUCCGCUUCUCCUCCCGCCUCUAUAAGCAAAUCGCAAAAUACCCACCCAGCUACCUACGCCUGGGCUAUCUGGCGCGCAGCCAUGUAAUUUUUGCGGAAGCCCUGAUCCACGUCGUGGGCCAGUGGCCGGCUGCGUUGCCUCAUCUGGGUCACACUUCGUACUCACCUUUACCGGACUCGGUGCUGGAUCUCAUUGAGGAUAAAGUUGAGGAUCUGGAGGACCUGAAGGCGCGCGUGGAGGGGAAACUGUUCCGGUUAUCACUGACGACGUCCAGGGGGGAAAGAGUUAGUCCUACCAAUGCGUAUUUGGACUGGUUGGCCGUGUCGUUGUUUCGACAGUGGCUCGUGGAGAAUGCCACGCCACCACCGCAGGGAAUUAUAAAGGCGUUGCCGGCUGUACAGGCCCGGGGUGAUGGUGGGAAUAAUAAUAAUAAUUACAAUGGAAGUGUCGUUGCGAAUAAUGCAUACGGCAACACUUCCACCGUCUCAACAACGAAUAACAAUGCCACUAAUAAUACACACGCAACCGCAACCGCAACAACUACGAUGUUACCAACCACUAGCGCGGGCGCUGCUCCCACCACCACGACAACUAACAAAACCUCCUCCACCUCCAACACAACCACCCCCUCCUACUCUCCAGGCCGCACAUACCGCCUCCUCGGCUCCCCCUCAACCCAAGUCUACCUCCCACACGACGAAUUAAAAAAGUUCCUCAAACAGUCCCACUCACAUUCCCACGACUCCCUAUACUCGCGGGAUAAUCUGAAGCGGUUCGAGCGGAAGAUGGAUGAGAUUAAGAGGCUUGCGCGAGAGAUUGUGAAGCCGCUUAUGAAGAAUUUUUUGGAGUUGGAUUUGAGGAGUUUGGGUGGUGGAGGGGAGGAUGCUAGGGGUGGUGUGUUGUUGCCGUAUUUGACUUGUACGAGGGUUGAAGAGGGUGAUUAUCCGUGGUAG